UUUCGGCGCAAUUUUUGUUUCAAAAAUACCGAAACAAAAGAAAUUGAAGGACGCUAAAUUCUGACGAAAACAAAAAUAAUCUCUGGAAAUCCCGUUUUAAAUCAGUUUUGUUAAAAAAAUAAUUCAAUCAAAUAUGUCCGGUGCCAGUGGAAAAAUAGUCGUUCAAGUGGAAUCAUCCGCGGAACAGGAGGAACAUUCGCGGAAUUCGCGCAAGCUUCUCAAGGACGUCCAGAACGUGGCAACGAUGAACAAGGAAAAUGUACUGAAGUCGGUCAAACUUCCGGCCUUUCUGGCCCACAAGGAAAUGGUCAAGAAGACGAUAUUCACUGAGGCAGUUGACGGUGUGGAGCAGAAGCGCAAGAAACUGGUCCAAUCCCAAUCCUGCCAGACGUCCCCGGAAAAACGUCCGUCUACUUCAGGUUCCUCCAAUAAAAAAUCCACCGUCACCGUCGAAGAUCUGACCUCCCAGGAGGGGCCCAGCGAGCAGUACUGGGAGGUGCUGGCCGAGAAACGUCGCCAGGCCCUCGAAGAAUCGCUUAACGAGAACCAGGAACUACACGAAAAGCUCGCCUCCAUGGAAGAGGAACUCAACCUGUCCAAGGAGAUGCUGCAGGAGGCUCGCAAUCUGGUCGAGGUGCUCACGGAAAUGCUCCAGGAAGGAGAGGCCGAAAAGGAGGAGACCAAUCAGAAGCACAACAACGACCUGCGGCAGGUGGAUGAUAGUGGGGUUGUGCCGGAAGUUCCGAGCGAUGCGGAAGAAGAGGUUUAGGUUUAUUGUUUACUGACAAGUUUUCUUUUUUUUUCGUUUCAUCUCAUCCAUACGAUUGAUUAUUCAUAUUAUCACUUUACUAAUAAGCUAUUAUCCGACAUUCUUUAAACCUACUCUUAGAAAAUUCACGGAUAUCAGUACCAAAAACUUUUUGCUGUAAAUAUUUUUUUUUUUUGAUCAAAACCAAUGUUACUGUCAUUGUGCCAGACCUAAGUUUAACGAUUUCCUCAAGCUGUUUCGAUGGCCCUUACAUUUAUACAAUAAUGAGCUCAAUGAGUUUGUCUUCAAUCUAAUGUUUAGUGGUAGUUGGUUAGUAGAUUGUAUAGACUGCUGAAUUUGAACUUUUUUCGAGCUAAGGCUAACCCGAUCCGAACUUUGUAGUUGUUUGUGUAAGUUUGCGAAUAAAUUCGUUUGAAUAAAUAAACAAAAAAACA